UUGAUUACAUCCAUAAUGAUGUCUCUAGAGUGUGUCUCCGGCUUCCAUGGUAGCGAAUGUGUAGACAGGUGUGGCUACUGUCAAGAUGGGAGAUGUGACAAAGACACUGGGAACUGUAUGACGUCAUGUAUAGAUGGACUAACUGGCCAUAGGUGUGACAUUAAAGUUGUCAGUUUACCAUGUAAAGAAGAUGACUUCAAUGCGGCAGCAGUUGGUAUAGGUAGCGGCUUUGGAGUGGUUAUUGUUGCUCUGGUCAUCGUGAUAAUUGUACAGGCAAGAAGACAUCGUUCAAUGAUCCAUCAGAACACCACGAGGUCAACCACUAUGACAGAUAUAUCUUUACCGAGUAUUGGACAAGAACGACGGACAGAAACAGACGGUACCUAUGCCGUUAUAGGCGCACAGGAAAGAGAAGAAAACAUCACGAAUAUGUCUGCACGUGACAGCAGUUAUGAACAACUUAGACAUAGGGAGAGAGAUGUUCCAAAUUUAUAUGAGACAACAUGACUGAAUACACGUGGAAAAUCUGAACAGACAGUGUAUUCGUAAAGUAAUCGGACACAAGUGAUACUGUAUUGUAUAAUCUGAA